UCACUGCCGUGGCCAAGAAGAAGAAAACUCCGCAGAAAACGAACCGAAUCAACACUUGUGAAAUGAUCAGAGCCAUCGCUCUCUCACGAAGGCCCCUAUGGUCUCUCUCUCAGACCUUAACUUCUUCACUCUGUUCAAACCCACUUCAGCCCCCACCACCACCACCACAUUCUUCUACUCCUCAGCCUAUCUCUUCCUCUCCAACUCGCAUCCUCACCUCACGGUUUUCGCACUCGUCGAAGCAAAAGAAGGAGGAGGAGGCGAACGACGUCGUGUCGCUCUUCAACAGGGACCCGAAUACCCAUCCGAAGCUCUUCGUGGUCCAACCCCGCCUCCGACCCGAUACGUUAUUGCAGCCCAAGCUCAACGAAGCUCUCUGCCUCGCCAACUCUCUCGAAGACCAGCGCGAUGGCUGCUUUCACUCCGAUUUCUUCGACAAGGCCUUGCCCUCUCAUAUUGUAGUUCAAAACCCAGCUGCCAAGGUCCACAAAGUUCGCGCAGACACAUAUUUUGGACAGGGGACAGUGGACACAGUCAAAUGCCACCUAAAUGAUGCUGAAUCGAAGGGGGAAGUGGAUGCUGUUUUUGUAAAUACGAUACUUUCUGGAGUUCAGCAACGGAAUUUGGAGCGAGCAUGGGACAAACCUGUAUUGGAUCGUGUGGGUCUUAUAAUAGAGAUUUUCAAUGCUCAUGCUUGUACGAAGGAAGGGAAGCUACAGGCUGAAUUGGCAGCUCUAAUGUAUAAGAAAACGAGACUUGUUCGUGUGCGUGGCCUAGUUGGACGCGAUACGUUUGGAGCAAGUGGAGAAGCUGAAGUUGUUAGUGCUCGAGGGAGAGGAAGUGGGGGGCGUGGCUUUAUUAGUGGUGCAGGAGAAACUGAGCUUCAGCUUCAAAGACGAAGAAUUCUAGAACGGAGGAAUAAUCUAUUAUCACAAAUUAAAGAUGUUCGCCGUACACGCGCUCUGCAACGUGCUGCUCGCAAGAGGCAUGGAGGCUUAUAUGGGCAAGGGUUAGCAACUGUUGCUGUUAUUGGGUACACGAAUGCUGGAAAAUCCACAUUAGUUAGUGCAGUUUCAGACAGUGAUCUGUAUAGUGAUGCUCGAUUGUUUGCGACAGUUGAUCCUAGACUGAGAAGUGUUUUUCUUCCUUCAGGGAGGAAGGUGCUUUUUAGUGAUACAGUAGGAUUUAUAUCAGAGUUGCCUGUUCAGCUAGUGGAUGCGUUUCAUGCAACUUUAGAAGAAGUGGUGGAAGCUGACCUGCUUGUGCAUGUAGUGGAUUCUACUGCCCCUAAUCUCGAUGAGCACCGGUCAACAGUGCUGCUAGUUCUUCGGCAGUUAGGCGUAUCACAGGAGAAGCUUGAUAAUAUGAUUGAAGUUUGGAAUAAGAUUGAUUGUCAAGAAGAGGGCAUGGAUGAUGGUGAAGAUGGUGACUGCAGCAGUAUCUCAGGAGAUGAUGAUGAUAGGGCAUCAUCGGACAUAAUAGGGGCAGAACAUGCUGAUUAUGAUGAUGACAAUGUAUCUGAACAGUCGCCAGAGAAUCUUGCAGAGACCAUAGAUGAUCAACCGGGUAAUUACUCAGACGACUGGCUUUAUGAAGAGACUCCAGGUGAAGAAGAAAGUCUUUCAAGAUGGGCUUGGGAUGACCAGCAUCGUGAGCCAUCUAAGGACUGCCUAAUGGAAAAGGAUUUGCAUUCUCAAGGUCAGCCUGGUCCGCAUGUCAGAACAUCUGCCAUCACAGGAGUUGGCUUGCAAGAGUUGCUCGAACUUAUCGAUGAGAAGCUAAGGUUUCAGGAUGAAAAGAUGAAGGCCGACAAAGUAGUCGAAAGGGGUGACUUUAAUCGAAAAUGGAGGCCCCCUCGCGCAGAGGAUGCCGGCAUAGCAGGUGAACAGUAGCAUGCAUUACAGCAUACAUUAUGUGUGUCUUCUUAUCCAGCUUAAAGCUCUAUACUUGAAAGGCCUGUUGGUAUGCAUAAUUGGCAUCCCUUAACAGAAGUUCUCCUCGGCUUCAUUAAUCGUUUGUUAAGCUACUGGCCCGGGUAGGAGCAGAAAAUGCUCACGAGCUUCCUCCAUUUCCUCGAUCUUUUUCUCAACGUCUUCAACUAGCCUAGAGAGUUUGAAUUUUCUUACUCCCACAAUAGUGAACUUUGAUACACAAAUAAUUUCUGGAUUUUGGAAAGCAUUUUUGUAUGGAGUUUAGUAGUCUACCUGUAUAAGAUUUUCUUAGUCUUUGGCCCAACGUGUACAAAAGCACGAUAAUCUCUUUUUGUUUGGACAAUUAAAUUUGCAAUAGAUUAUUACAACGUUAAUUAUGUUUGAUAUGAUA